AUAGGCAGGCAGUGGAUACAAACUCCCGCCCGGAACCAAAUGGAGUAAUCUGUAAACAGCCGCGGGCAUUUCAGAUUCCUCUUCGCCGCCGCAAUGAGCAACAGACUAUAAAUAUGUAUGACAUCACAUAGCAAGAGGAAAAUUAGAGCAUUCAAAAAAUGGAUGAACUGGAAAGGCAUAGAGUGCAGCGACGCCUUGGAGCUCGUCGAGGAGGGAUCCUCCGUGUUCGUCAGAGCGGUCUGCGAUCUACACGAAGGCGACGUGGUGGCGAAGAUCCCCAAGGAGAGCUGCCUGACGAUCAAAACUUCUGGUGCUCGGCGAGUGAUUGAGGAAGCCCAGCUCGACGGAUACUUAGGCCUGGCUGUAGCUCUCAUGUACGAACGGAGUCUUGGCCCACUUUCCCCUUGGUUUGGUUAUCUUCACCUCCUGCCCCAUUCCGAGCCUAUUCCCUUGCUCUGGCCACUCUCUGAAAUCAGCUCUCUUCUUGCUGGCACUGAACUCCACAAGAUAAUUACAGAAGACAAGAUUCUCAUCCAGGAGGACUGGAAAGAGUGCAUCCAACCUCUUUUGAGCAAUUCUUCCCUGAAGCUUAACCCAGCAUAUUUUGGUAUUGAAGAAUAUUUUGCUGCCAGAAGUCUUAUUGCAUCUAGAUCAUUUCAAAUUGAUGGUUACCAUGGAUUCGGGAUGGUUCCCCUUGCAGACCUUUUCAACCACAAGACUUGUGCUGAGGAUGUGCACUUCACAUCCAUAUCCUCCUACUCUGAUUCAGAUAGUGAUGUGGAUGAUAAGAAUAGUAACAAUGAGUACCAACAUGACAGUACUCACGAACCAGCUAAUCAAAAUAUAUGUUCAGAAGGAGAAUAUUUGAGCGGGAGUGACUUAGAUUCUUCUUCAGUGGCAGGGGAUGAUCCUGCAGUUCUAGAAAUGAUCAUGGUAAAAAAUGUGAAAGUUGGAUAUGAGGUAUUUAAUACAUAUGGAUGCCUCGGCAAUGCUGCAUUGCUGCAUAGGUAUGGGUUCACAGAGCCAGAUAAUCCAUAUGAUAUUUUAAACAUAGACCUUGAACUGGUGCUUCAGUGGAGCUCUUCUGAGUUCUCAUCUCGCCACAGCCGGAGGAGGGUCUCACUGUGGAGGAAGCUGGCUUAUUCUGGAUGCGUCAGCCAAGACACUGAAUAUUUUGAAAUCUCAUUCCACGGCAAACCACAAACCGAGUUGAUAAUUUUGAUUUACUUAUUGUUGGUUUCAGAUGAUGUUUAUGAUGAGGCACAUCUUGCUCUGUCGACCACGUGCGAUGCUGGGAAAUCGUGGGAUCUCUUUUUAUCAAAGAAAGGAGUUUCAUUUGACAAGGGAUUAUUAGAACUUGGUAACCGUUCGCUCCUCAACGUACGCGUUUGUAUGGCUCUUUUGUCGCUAGCGGAUAUGCGGGAGAGUUUAUAUGGUUCGGAGUCUCUGACUGAUGAUAUUAAUGCGCUGGGGGAGUGUUCUUGGCUGACCGAACCUAAACUGUAUCAUUCGCUAGUUCUGCGUAUAAGUGAGAGGAAGAUCAUUCAAAAGUUAAGAAACUAUGCUUCAGACCACCAAGAAAGGAUUGACGUCUUGCUAUUCAAGCAAUGUUCUUAACAAUGCCGGGGGAGGGGUGUGAUAGAGACGUAGUGUCUGUGGGCCUGAGCGGAGCAUAGGCGGGCCUUGGUUGGGCCAAUGCAGAAAUACGGAGUAAAUCUUUGCGACUAAGAGCAUUGUCACUGUGUUGGAUUAACAAAAGUGAUUAUUUUUG